ACUUAUAAAUAACUACCAACAGCCAUAUCCCCUUUCAUCCUCAUCGACACUUGCUCUUUCAACCCAAAAAACACUUGCCUUAUUUCUUCAAUGGCUGCCUCUUCAAUGGCGUUGUCUUCUCCAUCUUUCGCCGGACAGGCAGUGAAGCUCUCUCCCGAAAUCACCGCCAACUACAGCCGUGUCUCAAUGAGGAAAACCGCCGCAAAGCCGAAGCCUGCGUCAUCCGGCAGCCCAUGGUACGGCCCAGACCGUGUCAAGUAUUUGGGUCCAUUCUCCGGGGAGGCACCUAGCUACCUCACCGGUGAGUUCCCAGGUGACUACGGGUGGGAUACAGCUGGACUUUCGGCUGACCCCGAAACAUUCUCCAAGAACCGUGAGCUUGAAGUGAUCCACUCAAGAUGGGCCAUGCUUGGUGCUCUUGGUUGCGUCUUCCCCGAGCUUUUGGCCCGCAACGGUGUCAAGUUCGGUGAGGCUGUUUGGUUCAAGGCCGGAUCACAAAUCUUCAGUGAGGGUGGCCUCGACUAUUUGGGCAACCCAAGCUUGGUCCAUGCUCAGAGCAUAUUGGCCAUUUGGGGUGUCCAAGUUGUUUUGAUGGGAGCUAUUGAGGGCUACAGAAUUGCCGGUGGGCCCCUCGGUGAGGUUGUUGACCCACUUUACCCGGGUGGUAGCUUUGACCCAUUGGGCCUUGCUGAGGACCCCGAAGCCUUCGCUGAGCUCAAGGUAAAAGAGCUAAAGAACGGCAGACUUGCAAUGUUCUCCAUGUUCGGAUUCUUUGUUCAGGCUAUUGUCACCGGAAAGGGCCCACUCGAAAACCUUGCCGACCAUCUUGCCGAUCCCGUUAACAACAAUGCCUGGGCCUUUGCCACUAACUUCGUACCCGGAAAGUGAGCUCAAGUUAGGAUAAUGUGAGCCCACAAAUUGUGUUCUUAAUUUUUCCGUGUAAAUGAAUUAUUAGUUGUCACCAUUAAUGCAAUGCCUCUAGUGUAAAUGGGUUGAAUAUCUUAGUUUUUUUCUAAUA